GUCUACCGCUGAGCAAGAAUCUCUGCAAACCCAGCCAAACAGCCGCCAGAGUAUUGGGACUGCACGCGCCAACGAAGUUUUGGAGCGCAAGCCUCCUCGCUUAGCUCGAGAGCGAUCCUCCAACGACACCGAUGAAUUGGAGCUUCUGCUUGGUUACCACGAACACAAGAAUCACGUCAGGUGGAGCGACGAACAGGUCUCCUCCGAGUGCUCUCAUUUAACUCACAAGCGCGAGUUGACCGGCGGCACGAAUGCCACAGGUGGUGACCGACAUUGGAAGCUACAUUGGUAUCGAAACAGCAGCUGAUUCAUUGAUCGAGCGCCAAGUGAACCGACUACAGCACGGAGCUAAGUUCGACUGGGUAAUCGUCACUUCCGCCAGCGAACAAAAGGCGUAUGGGUGUAACUUUGUGGGCCAGAAGACAGACAGCUUCUACUUUGUGGCAUCGCCAUUGAAUGAAGCUCAAGAGCUUGCUUAUGUCAGUGAGGAUCUCAGCAUGGAGGAUCAGGUGCUCUCAGUCCUGGCCCGGCAGCAGCCUGCCCGGCCAGCUGCGUUGAAGGACAUGUUCACCGUCCCCAAGAUUGUGGAGGUCACCGAGGAAGAAUCAUCGACAUUGCGCUCUGAUGAAAGUGUAGCGGGCAGCACAACCUUUCCAGCAGAUCGUCCGGCGAGCAGCCAACGCAUUGAAGACUCUUUGGAAGAGAUUGAUAAACUCGAAGAACAGCUUGAGGCCAUGCGCCUUGCCACCAGCCCUCGUCAUCGAGAUAACGAUCAGCAGGGUACAGUAAGCCUGAAUAGGCCUGCGAAAUCUUCUGCGAGCAAGCGUGUGAGCAUCGCGCCGGGUCAGGCUGCCACGAUGCGAGUCAAGCCUAGCGAGAAGACUCGACCAUCGCCCCGGAGAGUCAAUUCACUCACAAUGCGAGCUGAAGAAACCUCCGCGGAAGCCCAGCACAAAGGAUCGGGUGCAACAACGCUUACAAGGUCCAAGUCUACGCUCACGCGUCUGCGUGACCCCAAAGAUGCGACAGGCAAGCCCUCAAAGCCAGCCACGGUCCCGAAUUUUGAGCUGCCAGGCGAGGCUGUUUCGCGCCGCUUGCGGGAGCAGCGCGAGGCACGCGAAGCACGCAAGGCUCAACAGGCCGAGGCGGAGAAGGCUGCCGCUACUCCACCCAAGCCUCGUCUCAGCCGCAUGCUACCGAAGCCCACCUUUGAGCUUCCAGGAGAAGCCAUCUCUCGUCGAAAGCGGGAGGAGCGGGAGGCCAGACUUCGCGCCGAAGAAGAGGAAGAACGAAAGAGACGCGAGUUCAAAGCCCGCCCUGUCAGGCUUAGCAUGGCAUCGACCACUCUUCCUCGUAACAGUACUAUUGCGAGCCGCACGCGCGAGAGCAGACCAUCCCCAGAUGCGAAUUCAAAGGACGUUCAAGGUAAGCGCUUGUCGACGUCCGCCUCCUUAAGCCGCACGGCAGCAACUACCAUCACAACAACUUCGCCUGGCUAUCGCGGGCGUACAUCUGAUGCCAUCGCCGCUGAUGCUGCGAGCCGGGGCACGUCGGUUGCGACUAGCGUCAGCGACAAACGCAGCUCAGUCUCACAGGAAGAUGCCGCCUCUCAACGCGCUCGUGCGCGGGAGAUCUGGAUUCGAGACAACAGCUAUCGUUACGAACGCGAGCGGGAGAAGCACGAGCGAGAGAUGGCGACAAAACUCGCUCGGGCACAGGCUGCGGAGCGUUCGAGGGCAGCAAGUCGUGAAUGGGCGGAGAAGAGGCGUGCUAGAGAGCAAGCCACACUGUCCAUCAGGGCAUAGGGGCUGUCGCCUCGAUAGGCGCGCAUGGCUCAUCUAUGAUGGAAGCCCUUGUCAUUCGUUGCGAACCUUUCUUUUUUCUUCACAUGUCAAUCUGUGUUUUGAGCGUGGUGUCACGAGGCGCCGUAAACU